UUAUGUUUGUUUUAUACUUGAGUAUAUGAUACUACUAUCAAGGUGUUGCAGUCAUUUUAAUACUAAUUUGCUUAAAAAAAUACCUAAUAUUUUUUUGAAACCAUACAUUUCAAACACUUUUUUAACAUAUAAUACAUAUCGAAUAAACAAUUUUAUUAAAAAUAGUGUAAAUCAUGGAUUUGAUAAUCGAAUAAAAUAUGGAACAGUAAAAUCUGUGUAUAAAGAGCUAGAAGAUGAUUAUUAUCUUAAAAACUCAGAAGAAGAUGGAAUCUACUAUUUAGGUGUAACAAAAAACAAAUUUAAAGAUUUUAAGGAGAUUGUGUACAUAAGCGUUACAGACGAAGAAACUUUGAAGAGAGGGGAUUACCUAUUUAGUGUUGAGGAUUCAAAGACUCUAUUCGACUUCUACUCACCAAUCGACUGUAAAGUAGAAUCUGUGAAUCCAAAGUUCCUUGGUGCUCUCACAGAUGAAAUAUUAAGCGAUUUCUUCAAAUAUCCAGAAAGUCCAAAUAAUUAUCUCGCUAAAGUUAAAUUAACUUCAGAGUGA